AUGGCGCCAGACGACACGGCGGAUGAGAAUGCGUCGUACCGUUACCUGAGCACUCGCGGACAGGAUAGUGGUUUCUCAUUUGAAGAGGUCGUCCUGAACAGUGUUGCCCCUGAUGGCGGCUUAUACAUUCCUGAAGAGAUUCCGCGUGCUGCUGCAUGGGAGUCAUGGGGAGACCUUAGCUUUCCAGAGCUCGCUUUCGAGAUCAUGUCCCUUUACAUUUCCCCCUCCGAAGUCCCUCCCGCCGACCUCAAAGAUAUCAUUGCGCGCAGCUACUCGUCCUUUCGAUCCCCAGAGGUUACACCGUUAGUCCAACUCAAGGAGAAUCACUACCUCCUCGAGCUGUUCCACGGCCCUACAUUUGCUUCCAAGGAUAUCGCCUCGCAGUUCUUGGGCAACCUGCUUGAGUAUUUUCUCGUGAAGAAAAACAAAGGCAAAACAAGCAUCGCAGCAGACCGACAUCAUCUUACCUUUGCACAAAUCUCACCUGUUCAAGAAGCCCAGAUCACCACGGUGCCGGACGAGAACGUAUGCAGCUUGGCCGUUGCCGGCACCUUUGACGAUUGUCAGAACAUCCUGCGUCGCCUACAGGCUGAUAGGCAAGCCAACGAAGACUUUGAUCUUGUCAGCUCGAGAAACUGGGCCCAGAUCUUGGCUCAGAUUGUGCUUUACUUUUACUCAUAUUUCUCUCUUGUCAAGAAGUCUGCGUCAUUCAAGACUGGCGAUAAGGUCCGGUUUGUGAUCCCAACAGGCAAAUUCGGCAGCAUCCUCGCCGGGUACUUCGCCUUGCACAUGGGCCUCCCCGUCGAUAAACUUGUCAUCGCUACCAACGAAAAUGACAUCCUUGAUCGCUUCUGGAAGACGGGUCGGUAUGAGAAGCAGCGUGUCGGCCGUGGCGGGCAUGGUGUUAAGAAGACUCUCAGCCCUGCAAUGGAUAUUCUCACUUCCUAUAACUUUGAGCGUCUGCUAUGGUUUCUCGCCUGCGAGUUUGCAUCAAGCGCAGGCAUGGAUAAUCUCUGGAACCAGAACCAAGCUAGUCAGGAAGUUUAUCAGUGGUUCCAGGACCUUGACAAGAAAGGGUUCUUUGGCCCUGUAUAUCGCGACGUUAUUAGGAGUGCUAGGCGCGACUUUGAGAGCGAGCGAGUCACGGAUCAACAAACCAUCGAAACCAUCAAAGCUGUAUAUCGAAAGUCCGGAUACGUGCUGGAUCCUCACUCCGCGGUUGGUGCUGCAGCAACACAAAGAUCAAUGAACCGUACCCACGCGAGCAUUCCACAUAUAUCUUUCUCGACGGCACACCCAGCUAAGUUCUCCGAGACCGUAAUAAGAGCACUUCAUGGCGAAGAGGGUUUCAGUGUCGUUGAAACAAGUUUGACGCCGGCAGAAUUCGCUGACCUCGAUAAGAGAGAGAAGAAGAUAACUGUAGUAAGUAACGACUGGCAGAAAGUUCGUGAGAUUAUCAAUGCUCGGAAUAGCAAUUGA